AAUUAGAGAAACAAUGGAGGAUUUGAGGAGUUUUGGGUUUGAUCCUCGUCUUGUUGAUUUCCUGCUUGACCACAUAGACUUCUCCGACGAAACGGACACGAAGUCACACCACGCGCCAUCCCGAGCCUACGUUCGAGACUCGAAGGCGAUGGCUAGCACUCACGCUGACAUCCUUGAUUACCCGGACUCGUACAAGUUCGUGGUGGACAUGCCUGGCCUGAAAUCGGAGCAGAUAAAGGUGAACAUGGAGGAUGACACUCUUGUUGUGUGUGGUGAGAGGAAGAGGGACAAGGACAAGGACCACAAAGAAGGCGUCAAGUACCUUCGUAUGGAGAGGAGGCAUGGCAAGUUCCUCAAGAAGUUUCAGCUCCCUGACAAUGCCAACUGUGAUCAAAUCUGUGCAUGUUAUCAAGAUGGGGUUCUCACUGUCACUGUCCACAAGAAUCCACCCCCUGUGCCCAAGAAGCCCAAGACCAUUCAGGUCCAAGUUAGCUCCCCUGAACGUCCCCAAAACCAACCCCAACCUGAGAACCAAGAUGGCCAUGACACCCAGGCCUGAAGAUGUGACUGUCGUUUCUCCUUAUAAUAUGUAUUAAUUAUCCUAUCCUAUAUGCCAUCUGAAUAUAUGUAGUUAUGUUUUAUGUGUUUAAUUUCGUUUUCUUGUUUGAGUGUGUGGUAUGACAUGUCACCGUACAUGCAUGUCUGAUGUGUGUUAUGUUACUAUUAAGUAAAUGCUUCUC